AUGUCCAAGGCUGCCGAUAAACCUUCCCAGCCGAAGAAGAUAUCCGCCUAUUAUUCUCUUGUCUUCCCGAAUUUCACUUUCUACAUCCAGACUCUGUCAAUCACUAUCGGUCGUCGAUGUAGUCCCAACCCUAAUGCAGCGGACGUCGAUGUGGACCUUGGUGCUCUCAAGAGCGUAUCACGGCUUCACGCCAGGAUAGAGUACGACGAAGAGGAGGACCGCUUCGUGCUUGUUGUCAUUGGACGCAAUGGGGCUUGGGUAGAUGGCGUCUGGUCCGGUAGCGGAACUAGAGCUCCUCUUGGUGAACGGUCCCAGAUCCAAAUUGCCUCUCGCACUUUUCAUUUCGUCUUGCCGCCACCACCGCCACCACCAGACGAUACACCCUCACCAAGUUCACCAUCAUCAUCUCCAUCACAUUCGCCUCCGCCUCGAGAAGUUAAGCUACCACCGCCGCCGCCGGAGCCUCAGCUACCUAAUUCUAAUGCUAUUACGCGAUACCUCCCAAACCUACCUUUACCUACUUCACAAUUAAUAUACCGUGCCAUUAAGGCUCUAGAUGGCAAGGCGACACUCCAGGAGAUAUGCACAUGGAUAAUGAAUGAAUUUGACUAUUAUCGCUAUACCGAUGGUAAUGCCUGGAUGAGCUCAGUGCGACACAACCUGUCUUCCAGUCGUGCAUUCAAGAAAAUGGAGAGGUGUGGAGGCGAUCGAGGGAAGGGUUUCUUUUGGUCUCUGGAUGAGGAGCAUCAGCACAUCAUCGAGGAACAGGAAGCAAAGGCGCAGCAAGCUGCCGCCGCUGGAAUGCAGUCGGGUACGGGGAAGGGAGACAAGGAGACCAAAGCUGCGAGAAAGAAGGAGAAGGGUGCGCCGGUAUCCGAGCCUCCAUUGAAACGGAGCAUCAAGGGUGAUACAAAGGGCUCAGCUUUACCUCCUCCAGUUGACUUCUAUUCCACUGCCAUUACCGGGAAAGACUGUUCCACCAGCUGUCCCAGGCACUACCGGAUGGAACAUCAGGGUUAUUCUGGGACACCUAUGAGUGGACCCAAUCCGUACGCAGCUCUGACUCAAUCUAAUUGGAGGAUGCACUCGCAGGUAGCCACAAUACCUGUUGUUACCGCAGCACCCACGACCACCCCGAAUACUACGACCAGUACACCGUCAGCAUCUGUUAAUCCUGCACCUGCUACUCCGACAAGCAAGCCAGUUCCUGCAGUCUUCAACUCUCUCCUACAGCAACCGCGAUCGCCUCGAAAUCGGCUACAUCGCUACCCCCUGUCACCUCUACGGUCCCUUCCUGCAAUACCAGAUAUACCCGUUCCCAUUGUUAUUGGCCCUAUUCCCCCAUCUCAUCAAGAUUAUUCGCCUUCUCAUCCAAACAAUUCAGCGAAGGAAGGAUAUAUGGUAUAUCACGAAGGCAAACUAUUAUUGGAUCCCAAGGUCUUCAGUAGCAUUACCGGAGACAUUCUAACCAGCUUAGAGCGAAUGGGAGCAGCGAAAGCCAUGGAAAUUUUGGCCGGACAUAUGAUCAGAGUAAUGAGAGAGCGGAGAGCCCGUGAGAGAAAGGCUGCGAGAGGACGGGGAAGAGGAGGGAAAGUUGCCGGGAAGUCGAAGAAAGAUGAUGCGAAUGGUAACCCGACUGCUCCAUUCACAACUGCGCCGUUGCCUGCUCGGGGUACCAGUGCGGUAGUGCAAGAUACUAAGCAGCUGCCCCCACCGCCUGUCAGUGGAGCGUCAACAGAACCUGGAUCGCCUAUUGUUGUUGUGGAUGGCUCUGACGACGAAGGACCUGCACCGAAGAAGAGGAGAGUAGAAGAAUCCGCUCCUUCACUGUCCGUUCCUAGUCCGGAUGUUACGAUGGUACCUCCCACCUAG